AUGUCUGCCGAAGCAGAUCUAUCCUCCGCCUUCCUUGAUGGCCAAACCAAACCCCCUGCUGGAGCUUGCAAUUCUUGCCGUCGUCGGAAGCUCAAAUGCGACAAGAAACUUGAUGGAUGCGCAAACUGUGCAAAGGGCCAGAUCCCUUGCAUCUAUCCUUCUUCCUCGCCGGAGCAGGUGAAGCGGAAACGCGGGCCGUACCAAAAGAACAAGUCCCAGCGUGAGAGACAACUCGAACAUACAGUCAGGGACAUGGCCUCCAAAUAUGCCGAGUUGGAGAAUCGCAUCCUUCCUCGCCGAGAUAGCAGUGUCAACCACGACUUCACCCCGCCAUCGGAGGAGUCUAGCAGUGAAGGGGUAUACGCUUCUACUCUCCCGGCUGUCAGCUCCAGCACGUCCUCGAGACAAGGUGUGUCGUCGAUUGUCUCGAGCAGCAUUGAUGGUGACUUGGCUCUUCCACAAUUCCUGCAAUCAUCGCUUGGCUGUAAUCCGAGUGGAAAAGACACGCCUUUAAGCAAUAGGUUCUGGACCCCUUUCUCCAAAGACUUUGUUCAAGUAACACAGGCAGUUGAUGAAUCAUCGUCGGCUUUGCACAACUCCAAUGUUGCAACACCUGAACAAGUGACCUCUGGCCCAAGCUCAGGUACUGCAUCGGCCUCUCCAGUCUCUGAUCUGCGCAGUCUGCAUCCUUCCGUCACCGACAUUCUGGAAUGUUGGCGCAUUUACACCUUGAAGGUCGAACCGAUGAUUCGCCUGUUGCAUCCUCCCUCUUUCGAAAGACGGCUUUUGGCUGCCAUUUCAGACCUGGACCAUGUCACAGGCGGCAUGGAACUGUUGAUGUUCAGCAUCUGCUUUGCGGCGGUCACCUGUAUCUCACCCGAGGAUGUCCAGCUCCAAUUCUAUGAAAGCAAGGAAAAUCUGUUGAAGAAAUCCAAGUAUGCGAUUCGAAAGGCCAUGGUGGACGUCAAUUUCAUGGCCUCCAGGGACAUUCAAACACUCCAAGGGCUGGUCAUAUAUCUGCUGUUGCUUCGACAUCAAGACGAUGAGGAUGUGCUGUGGACUCUGACUGGAACAGCGGUACGUAUGGCACAACUCAUGGAUCUGAGCAACGAUUCCCCUCGUCUCAAACUGUCCCCCUUCGAAGUGCAGAUGCGUAGGAGACUCUGGUGGACCAUAUGCAGGCUGGAUUUACGUACCGCCGAAGCAUACGGCUUACAGCCAUCGCUCUUGGAGACAAGAUCUAGGGAUACGCUGCCGCUGAACGUGAAUGACCUUGAUCUCUAUCCAGAGGCAAUCGAGGCACCAGUGCCUCGAACAGGCAUUACUGACAUGACCCUUCCCUUGGCAGGCUACGAGAUCACGCGUCUGGUGAGCACAAUCAACAUCCCCGACUCGUUCGACUUUGAUGCCGACGGCGCUGAUGCUCGGAUGAAUCAAGCAAUUGCGCGGAAGAUGAGGAUGGUAGGAGAGUGUCAAUCUCGGCUUCAGUCCGACUAUCUCCAGUAUGCCAAUCCUUCAGGGCCUUUCGAUUGGAUGAUAACCACCUUUACUCGAUUGAUGCUGACGAAAUGCACCCUCUUGAUAUUUCAUCCGCUCAACGGUGCAGCAACGCGUCCUUUGACGCCGGAAGUCAAAGACCAGCUCUUCUCGGCUUCUAUUGACACGGUACAGUAUUCUCACGCGCUCAAGUUCGAGCCUCGGAUUGAGAAAUGGGCCUGGUUCUUUCGGGGUUUCGUCCAAUGGCACGCACUGGCCUAUGUCGCGGCUGAACUCGGCCAUCGUACAGGCACGUCCGAGGUAGACCGUGCAUGGAAAGUGCUGGACGAAGUCCUCGAGAACAAGCACGCGACAAGUAAAGGAAGCGACAAGAGCGCCUUGUGGAAACCCAUGCGCUGGCUGAUACAGCGAGCAAGGGAAGUGCGGAUUGCGGAUCUCAAGUCCCGCACGGAUCCAUCGUCAGCAACAAUGUUUGAUGCGUGUGGAGGUGAGACUCGAAGCGAUCUGACCAAUGUUGGUUUUGCCGAGGCGAACUUUGGUGACAUCGCGGAGGUCGGCGUCAGUGAACCACAAACAUCUUCAUUGACCCCGUCGAUGGCGUCCCGAGACACUGUCAAUGAUGGAUCCAACUCAUUCAUGGACUUUGUACAAGCAUCUGACUCCAACAAGGCCCUGGCUUUCCUUCCCGAACAGGCCCCCAACAAGUCGUACGCGGCUAAUUAUCCAUUCGGAUCAUCAACAGCUCCUGUGAUGUUUGACGGCUCGAAUUCUAACCUAGCCAAUGUCGAUUUCACCGGGGUGUUGAACGAUUUCUCGCCGUCGACUUUUCAAGACCUGAUGAGUGACAAUCAACAACCUGAGCUUGACUUGUUAGAGCAGUUGAGUUCGGAGAAUUGGAUGGACCUCGCUAGGAGUUGGGAUAUGGAGUUUUGA